GGUAAGACACGCGGGAGAGAACAUAACUAGGAAGAGUGAACACCUUUCUUAGGUGCUCAGCGCAUACCAAGCGGCGAUGCAACAGAUUUGUGCAGGUUUUUAGGUGGAAUAUUUUUGUCCAUUUAUUGGAUCCAUUUUUGGAGGGGGAAUGGCAUGUUUUAUGGCAGCAUUUUCUGUGAAUAACGCCACUGUCACUAACUCCAUCCUAAUGAACACCAAUGGGCCUCCUGAUCUGAUGCUGGACCCCAGGACUGUAUGUGUAUCUCUAGAUGAAGUGGUAUCCAAUCAUUUGAGCAGUCAACAUACUCCAUUAUUAAAUGGGCAUCUCAAGAAAGUGGAGAACAGUCUAACUGAAGCCCAACGUUUUUCCUACCUGCCACAUCGACCAGCAGUUAACAUUGAAUUCAAAGAUGUCAGCUAUUCAGUUCCAGAGGGACCAUGGUGGAGAAAGAAAGGUUACAAGACUCUGCUGAAAGGGAUCUCUGGAAAAUUCACCAGCGGCUGCCUGGUGGCCAUCAUGGGUCCCUCAGGAGCUGGGAAAUCUACGCUGAUGAACAUUCUGGCCGGCUACAGAGAGACAGGGAUGAAGGGGGAGAUCUUGAUCAAUGGGCAGCCUCGUGACCUACGCUCUUUCAGGAAGGUCUCGUGCUACAUCAUGCAGGACGACAUGCUUCUGCCUCACCUUACAGUACAGGAAGCCAUGAUGGUGUCUGCUAAUCUGAAGCUCCAGGAAAAGGAUGAGGGCAAGAGAGACAUGGUGAGGGAGAUCUUGACGGCCCUGGGCCUGCUUGAGUGUGCGAAAACCCGAACGUCACAUCUAUCAGGGGGGCAGAGGAAAAGGCUGGCUAUCGCCCUGGAGCUUGUCAACAACCCUCCCGUCAUGUUUUUUGACGAACCCACUAGUGGCCUGGACAGUUCCUCCUGCUUCCAGGUGUUGUCUCUGCUGAAGGCCCUGGCCCAUGGUGGCCGCACCGUCAUCUGCACCAUCCACCAGCCCAGCGCCAAGCUCUUUGAGCUCUUCAACAAGCUGUAUGUCCUUAGUCAGGGCCAGUGUAUCUACAGAGGGAAUGUACCUAACCUGGUCCCCUAUCUUAGAGAGCUGGGGCUCAACUGCCCAACGUACCACAACCCUGCAGACUUUGUGAUGGAGGUGGCGUCUGGGGAGUAUGGAGAUCAGACGGCGCGUCUGGUGAAUGCCGUGCAGGAGAGGAAAUGUGAGCAGGUCUACAAGACAGACAUGAACAAUGGACCCCUCAAUCCCUUCCUGUGGCACAAAUCGUCUGAGGAGGACUCCUCUUCCAGUGAGGGGUGCCACAGUUUCUCGGCCAGUUGUCUGACUCAGUUCUGCAUCCUGUUCAAAAGGACGUUUCGAAGCAUUAUUAGAGAUACUGUGCUGACUCACCUAAGAAUCUGCUCUCACAUUGGAAUUGGGAUUCUGAUUGGCCUGCUCUACCUGGGCAUCGGCAACGAUGCCAAGAAAGUGCUCAGCAACUCUGGCUUCCUCUUCUUCUCCAUGCUCUUCCUCAUGUUUGCUGCUCUAAUGCCUACUGUUCUGACCUUCCCUUUAGAGAUGGGAGUUUUCCUAAGAGAGCACUUGAACUACUGGUACAGUCUGAAGGCUUACUAUCUGGCCAAGACUAUGGCGGACCUCCCCUUCCAGAUAGUGUUCCCAGUCGCCUACUGCAGCAUCGUCUACUGGAUGACGUCCCAGCCGCCUGACGCUGUGCGUUUCAUCCUUUUCUUGGCCCUGGGAGUCCUCACCUCUCUUGUGGCUCAGUCUCUGGGCCUGCUGAUAGGAGCAGCUUCCACCUCUCUACAGGUUGCCACGUUUGUAGGUCCGGUGACUGCCAUACCCGUACUGCUUUUCUCUGGCUUCUUCGUCAGUUUCGACACAAUUCCGUGGUAUCUUCAGUGGAUGUCAUACAUUUCAUAUGUCAGGUAUGGCUUUGAAGGUGUCAUCCUCUCCAUCUAUGGCCUGGACCGGGAGGACCUCCACUGCAACAAGGAUGAAACAUGCCAUUUCCAGAAGUCGGAGGCCAUCUUGAAAGAGCUUGAUGUGGAAGAUGCCAAACUGUACCUCGACUUCAUAGUGCUCGGCAUGUUCUUUGUGAGCCUCCGCCUCCUCGCAUACUUUGUGCUGCGCUAUAAGAUCAGUGCAGAGAGGUAGACUGGAGAGUGGGGGUGGGAGGAAGAAGGCCUAGAUCGCUUGCAUGCUGGAAUACAGCUUCUGGAGACCUCCAGACAGUGACCAGAAACACACCAUGCACACUGCAGAAAUUAUGGGUACACUAUGUGGCGGUGGCACGAAAGGGCUGGAUUUUGACACUUGACUGACCAAUCAGAACAUUCUCCAUGGCUAAAUAUGUGGUUGCUUUACAGUCUUUUAUGUUUUGCAUUGUCAUCAAUGCCAAUUUGAAUGUCAGUCCGCAAUAGCCUAGUUUGUUAAAUAGCCUAUAGAAACAAACUAACUAAAUGUAGGCCUACCCAUCUUUCCUAAAUAUAUUGAACAUGUUGGCAGUCCACAUUGCUCUAUGUAAUUGUAUUGCUUCAAUAUGGAAAUAUAUUAUUAAACAUAGCAUUCACACUGAUAUGAGCUAGGCCUACUGUAAAUGUCAUUAUGGCUGAGCCAUGGACAUGCCAAACGUUGUCAAUAAGCAAGAUGUAAUUCACUAUUGAUGAGGCCUAAAAAGAGUGAAUCAUUCUAAUCAAAUUCUAAUCAAAAGAAAAAGUUGUUUUAAGUAGGCUAUGUCUAAAUACAUGUUUAAAUGUUUAAUAGUAAACAAGUGUUUCCAAUGACAUCAUCAACCAAUUAGUAGGCCAUUAGUAGGCAAUGUUUACUCACAAUUGGUCAAAAUCACAUUAUGCACACCGAUGAUGUCAUUGGAAACACUUAUCUUCCUCUAUCUUUUUUUUGCAACAAAACAUAGAAACUCACCAUUUUCACAUGUUAAUGUUGGGGUGAUGAUGAUUAUGAAGUUGGAAAAAAUGUGGUGUUUCCCUUUACAGGAUGGCUUGGUUUGUAAUCAUAUGAAACGGAAAACAAGCAAUUGUUACAGGAAAAUAAGUUCUAAAGGGUCACUAGCAUUAUCUCAUCUCUCCUUUCAUGAUGUCCAUGUGGACACAAGUAGCCUGCGUGGUGUUUUUUUUUUUACGCACGUCCAAAACGGGAGCUGGCUAAAAUAAAAUAACAUAUAUAUAAUAUAUAUAGUUAAUAUAUUAUAUUAUA